AUGCCAGCCUGCUCUGCGGAGUUCAGUAGGCUGCUUCGACUCCUCGCUGUGGAGCAUGUCAAGGAAAUCAAUGCUGCUCAAGCGACUCAGGCGGCCCCGAUGGCUCCAAUAUCGGCCACGGGGCCAUCCACCCAGUCGGAGAAGCAGGCCACGGUGACAUUGCCGCCACUGCCAGAGACUUCAUCUCCAGAGUCUCCUGAUACCACAGGCACAUCAGUCGCGAGGACGAGGUUGCCAGAGAUUACCAUCAUCCGCAGGGACGACUCUCCAGCAGAGGAAAUUCGCGGGAGAGAAGACCGGCCGAGAGAGAGAGUCUUCUCGCGGCAGGGCUCACCUUGCGGCGACGAAACUCGGGGACGUGAGCUCCGCGAGAGGGAGACGAGCAAAGACCGCUCAGGGGAGCCUAGCAGAGAGCGGGCCAGCAGCGACUUCCGGAAGUCCCCAUCGAGUGAGAUGGGUGGAUCUACCCAGCACCGUGGCGACGUCAGCGUAGAGGGAAGUUGGCUCAAUUCCAUGGAGCACUUCGAUCAGUUCGACCUGUCCUUCGAGCAGGAGGAAGUCGAGAGCGAAGACCAAAGCGUGAACGCACGCCUUGCUGCCUUUCUUCAGGGGCAGGCUUUCGAGUCGAUGCUCUCGAUCUUGUUGAUUGCGAAUGUUGCGUUCAUGGCUUUCGAGAUGCAAUAUCUUGGCUCCUUGGCAGGGUACCGCAUUGGGAAGUACACAGAUCUCUUCCCCUCGGAAUCUGCUCGGCCCACCAUGAACCAGGUCCUGUUGAUCGGAGACCUGGUCUUCACCUUGAUCUUCGCAGUAGAUGUUACGGUGCGCAUCAUCGUGCUUCGCUGUCGCUUCUGGCGAGCGUUCAUGAAUUGGAUCGAUGCUUUUGUGGUCGUUACCUCCUCGAUCCAGUGGUUCUUCCCAAGUUUGUCGAUAAACCCGAUCUAUCUGCGGUUGCUGCGACUCGGAAAGCUGGCAAGGGCCUUGCGCAUGGUCACCAUGUCGAAAUCCAUGGACUCCUUGCAGCUUCUCCUGAAGUGCUGCGCAUCCUCAGUGGACAUGCUUUUUUGGUCGUUCUGCCUGCUAACAUUCAUCCAGUGCAUUGCGGGCAUGAUCGUCGGCGCUUUGGUGCGCGAAUUCGUCACGGAUGAUUCGAAGCUUAUGGAAGACCGUCAAAGGGUUUGGGACUAUUACGGGACCUUCAGUCGGACGUUUCUGACGAUGUUUGAAAUAUUAUUCGCUAACUGGGGGCCACCUUGUCGGGCGCUCGUCGACCACGUGGACGAGGCGUUCUCGAUCUUCUUCUUGGUCUACCGGUGCAUGAUAGGAUUUGCUGUGUUGAAUGUCGUGAAUGCAGUCUUCGUUCAGCAAACCAUGCUUCUGGCAAACAAUGAUGAAGACUUGGCCUUCAAGCAGAAGCAGAAAGACUGGGCCUGGUACUCGAAGAAGGUGAAAAGGCUGUUUAACGCGAUCGACACCUCUGGAGACGGCUCGAUAACGCUGGAUGAGUUUUCACAGCUGGUCCAAAGUCCAAAGCUGAAAUUUUGGAUGAGCCAGCUCGAGUUAGAGUACCACGACCUUUUGGGUCUUUUCGAAAUGCUUGAUGAUGGAGACGGUGAAAUAUCAAUUGACGAGUUCCUCGAGAAUGCCAGAAGAUUGAAAGGGCCUGCCAAGGCCAUCGACAUGUUCCGCAUGGAAACGAAAGUCGAGCUCUUGUUGGCGCAGGUGCUGGCAAAUACCUCACCCAAGGCUGCACGCGCCAAUACCAAGAAUUUCGAGUCCUUGUUCAGGGCUGCCGGCAUCUCAAGGGAGAGCCAUGGCUUCGGGAAGGUGUUUGCCGUGGCGGAGGCUUCGUCAUCUGAGCAAAAUCCGUCAAUGUUCCAAGAGGCGCCGAGCCACGCCUACACAGUCAAGGUCGGCCCCGGCGAGACCACCGCAAGGUAUCGAUUGCCAGCUCCUGCCGACGUCCGGCAUUUUCUCUCGCUUAUCGCGGACCAAAGCCUCGCAGAGGAAAGCCACGAGGAAGCAGAGCUUGAGUCGCACAAGCGAGGUGAUCAGCACCGAGAUUCUGGAAAGAUCUCCCGGUUCUAUUCCUUCAAAGACGAGGCUCGGUCGCAGGAGAAGCAGCGCCGGCUCUCGGCUUGGAACAGCAUCGAGUCGGUGAAAGAUCCGGAUGAGGAGGACCCGCUCGCCGCCCUCGGGGAGACCGAGGAUCUGGCGCAGGAGGUUUGA